AUGGAGGAAGAUGGCCCGAGACUGGCUAAGAUGAGACAGGCCUAUAAAAGAGCCAUACAGGAGAUUCUCAAGGAGCAAGAGAAGAUAAAGGAAAUCCUCGUUGAUCCAAACAUCUCGGCCGAGGACUCUUUCUUUGUAAGUAGCCCUAAGGCUGGUGAGAUAUGCCGGGAACCAGAGCGGGAUCCCGAAACAAUCUCGAAAACAGUAGAGGAUAUUUUCCAGAAUCUCAGGUCAAGAUUAUCUGAGGCCUUCAAGAAGAAGCUGGAGACACACGAUGUUGAGAACAAACUCAACCAGCUGGAUCGGGACGUACUUGAGGGCAGAACAAGCCUCAGAGAUGUCACCUCUGAGGAGUAUAUCAAGGAGAUCUUCGAGUCGUACCUUGUCGAUACCAAAGUUGGUUACAUAAACUAUGUUGAGGAGACCAAGAUGGAGGCCUUGAAAAGAAUAAAGGCGCUAAAGUGUGAGCUCGAGAAGGCCACCAAGGAGGUAGAGCAUCUAAAGAAGGAAAAUGCUCUUUACGAUGGAAACUACAAUAAUAUAAUUGGUAACCUCUCAGAGACUGUAAGAAAUAGGCACAAUCUAUGA